AUGCAAACUCGAGCUAUUCUUCUAGGAACAAGCCACCCACACAUCUUUCACCGAUUUGCUUAUCUCAAAGAAAACAACGUGACAGUGAUUGGUUACUACGACAGCGAUGAACACACUGCAACCCGUAUGCAGCGGCAUUCUGGCUGUCCAAGAUACUCAAAUUGUAUGGAGUUGCUGAGCCUUGAUUUUGAUACUGUUUUGAUCCACGGUCGGGACAACGAGAACGCACGAUACAUUCGUCUAGCCAUCAAUAGCGGUGCAAAGGCCAUUUUCCUUGAAAAGCCCGGCGUCGCUCACCCAGAUGAGUUUCACGACAUUGCUACAGAAAUAAGAGACAAAUCCAUCAUCUUUGAAGUUGGCUGGGAGCUGCAUUAUUUGGAAACAGUCAAAUUUGCUCGCGACAUCUUGCAGAGCUCACUUCUCGGCUACAUAACUGAAGCACGAUUCCACGGGGGCUGCCCUGGGGGCGCUGGGGCCGAGCCUUGGCAAUCGUACAAAGACAACAUAGGUGGUUUCUUCUACAGCUUAGGGGGUCAUGUUGUGGAGGUUGUAAUUGACCUUUUUGGUCUACCGAGUCAAGUAGUGUCUUCGAUUCGGAAGUUGCCAGAACAAAAGCCCCACCGCGGCUUCUCUUGGGUUCCUGACCUCUUCAACGGUCGCAUUUUAAACCCCGAGAAAGCAGUCGGCACACUGGUCCACGAAGAUCUUGCAUCGGCCAUCUUGGAGUAUGAGACCAUGAAUGUUCAUCUCGAUUUCAAUGCGUGGGAGCCGAGCGGAUAUCUGGAUGAUUGGACCAUCGAUAUUUAUGGUAUAUAUGGAUCACUACAUCUGGGAUUCGCGACUGGGGGCCAUAUCCUAAUGAAGGAAGCGAGACAAGGGUGGAAAGUGGGACGGAAUGAGAUCUGUUCGGAUAGAAAAUAUCAGAAAGAUGAUAUGCUGAAAGCUGCAUUCAAUAAGCAGAUGGAUAGCUUUUUUGGGCGAUCUCAGAAUGGCAUAGCAAUGGAUGUGUCUUGUGACGAGACCGCGGCGCAAAAGCUACUAUUAUUAUUUCAUGCAUUAUACACAUCAGCACAGACUAGAUCUUGGGUCACCAUGAGUAGAUAG